AGUACUAUGUCGUCCCCAAUUUUAUACGCGGGAAAAUUAAAAACCCUUCCUUUUUCUGAAGCAAAGAAUAUCCAUUUCACAUUGCAAUUUGCAGCAAUGGCGCCUGUUUUGCCGAGCUCCCAGCAAUGGGUCGAGAAAUAUCGACCGAAGCAAGUGAAGGAUGUAGCGCACCAAGAAGAGGUCGUUCGAGUUCUUACCAACACUUUGGAGACAACCAAUUGUCCUCACAUGCUAUUUUAUGGCCCUCCUGGCACUGGGAAAACGACUACAGCUCUUGCCAUUGCUCAUCAGCUUUAUGGCCCUGAGUUAUACAAGUCUAGAGUACUGGAGCUGAAUGCUAGUGAUGAUCGUGGGAUAAAUGUUGUUCGAACGAAAAUAAAAAACUUCGCUGCUGUAGCUGUUGGCUCUGCACGUCAAGGUGUUUAUCCUUGCCCACCUUAUAAGAUCAUAAUUCUUGAUGAGGCUGACUCGAUGACUGAAGAUGCCCAGAAUGCCUUGCGACGCACCAUGGAGACAUACUCAAAAGUUACAAGAUUCUUCUUCAUUUGUAACUACAUCAGCAGAAUUAUAGAACCACUUGCAUCUAGGUGCGCGAAAUUCAGAUUCAAACCACUUACAGAAGAAAUUAUGACAUCUCGCAUUCUAUACAUCUGCAACGAAGAAGGACUUAACUUGGAUUCAGAGGCUCUUUCAACCUUAAGUUCUAUCUCUCAAGGUGAUCUGCGCCGUGCUAUAACAUAUCUACAAGGUGCUGCUCGCUUAUUUGGAUCCUCAAUUACAUCUAAGGACUUAAUCAGCGUGUCUGGUGUCAUCCCUGAUGAUGUUGUGCAGGCUCUCUUUACUACUUGCAGAAGUGGUGAUUUCGACAUGGCUGAUAAGGAAGUGAAAAAUGUGAUUGCUGAAGGCUAUCCAGCUUCUCAGAUGCUUAACCAUUUGUAUGAUGUAGUCGUCGAAUCUGAUGACAUACCAGAUGACCAGAAAGCAAGAAUAUGCAAGAAAUUUGGAGAGGCAGAUAAGUGUCUUGUAGAUGGAGCAGACGAGUACUUGCAACUGUUGGACGUGGCUAGCAAUAUAACGCGUGCGCUCAAUAAUAUGCCACAAGAGUUCCCUUUCGGAAGUUAGGCGUCGUUCCUCCGGUCAGCUCUCUAGUUUCCUCCUCAGCCCAUGAAUUCUUAAAUAUAGUCAAGAAACAACUUAGCAGUGGAUUCAUGCUGGAAGAAUCCUUGUACUGUUUUGCCAGAUUUGAUUGUCAUAAAAUUUGAAUAGAGGACCAUUAAUCCACAUUUGAAUACUCAAGAAAAAGAAUUAAUGAUGGAAUGAAAACCAAUGUUUUUUUUUUGUU